AUGACGUCUACUAUACCGACAUUGGUCGUAAGGCAGGCCGAAUCGACAGGGACCAUCACGGCGCCCAUGUCAAGUAUCUUCACGGCCCCCGCCUCAUGCUCGAGCUCGUGGACAUAUGAACCAGAGGCUGCAAACCUGGUCCCAAAUGGCCUCCUAAUACAAAACGCCGCCGACAAUGAUAAUGCCGAUCCUGCGUGUUUCCCUUCCGGGUACACCCAGUAUGGAAGAGUUCGGGCAUCUGUCGUCUAUAGUCCAGGUUAUUGUCCACAUGGAUACACCUCGGCCGAUUUAGUGAUUCACAAACCGGCGACCACUGCCGUAUGCUGUCCCUCUGACUUCACCUACUACCAAGAAAAAAGGGACCUGCAAACAACAUUCGCCGGAUGUCUAAGCGAAUUCCCUAGUUCAUCAUCUACCAUCGUCACGGUUCGUCAGGUCGAUGAGGAAAGCACACAGGUCUCUGGUCCGAUGACGAUGUGGGCGCAAGCAAUCCAAGUCGAGUUGCAAGCAUCAGACAAAAGCCUAUUUGUCUCGGCCACCACGACCACGACCGACACCAAGACCAGAGCAUCAUCAUCCGAUGAACCAUCCGAAACGGCAACCUCAUCAACCCCAUCAUCAACACAGACGGGCCUCACAGUCCCAGCUGUCCCAGAUAUCCCAGAACCAGCAGCCCCAAGCCCCGCAGCCCCAGGCACAGGAACAGAGUCAAGCGGACUAUCGACCGGAGCAAAAAUCGGCGUCGGCGUCGGCGUCGGCGCAGCAGGCCUAAUUGUACUCGUCGCUCUAUUAUUCUGGUUCUUCCGCCGACGCCAGCAAAAAGGACAAAACGCUAUACCAGACACGACAUCUUCAGACGGCAGCCACCCCGAAGUCAGCGAGCUUGGCGGAAGCAUCCAAGCCGACCCGAACAUAGUAUACCAACGCCCAGGACACGGAACACCAAGUGAGCUCGGUGGGAACUCGCAGGCAGGAGCGUCUAGUAUUGUGGCAAACACGAGGACGACUGGUCCCUCUGAACUCCAUGCGACAGAUGCCGGCCCAAAGUUCGUACAUGAACUUGGUGCUUAA